GGUCUGGGUGGGAUGCACCAAUGGCAGGUGUGGACUUGUUGGGCCGAAGGGCCUGUUUCCACACUGUAGGGAUUCUAUGUUCUAUGUUUCCAAGAACUCUUCUAUUAAUUAUUGUAUAAUGGACUCUAACAGUUGCACCAUAUAUGUAUCUUCCUUGGAUCUAAUACUAUCUCUACUUUCCUUUGUUAGCUAUGGCUGAGUCACCAUUGUGUCGCAACUACACUUUUAACCUGCCUUUGUGCAUCUGUAGUCCUCAUUUACUUUUACAAUAUGAUUGAAGAUUUAAUCCAUAGGUAACCAAAACUGUUUCAACCCCUUCACAUUCAGAGGAUGUGGGCAACACUGGCUGGCCAGCAUUUAUUGCCUGUCCCUAGUUGCCCAUAAGAAGGUGGUGGUGACCUGCCUUCUUGAACUGCUGCGGUCCCAUAUGCUGUUGGUUGGCCCACAGUACCCUUAGGGAGGGAAUAUCAGGAUUUUGACCCAGUGACAGUGAUGGAAUAGCGAAAUAUUUCCAAGUCAGGAUGGUGAAUGGCUUGGAGGGGACUUUGCAGGUGGUGGUGUGAGGAGAAUGGAAAUGAAUGUCUGUACAGUUGGUACUUGGAAUUCUUUCCUACAACAACAAUAAAAACAAAAAGAAAAAUUGAAUUUAUACUCAGUUCAUUACCUCAUGAUGUCUCCAAGUACUUGAAAGUAUUUGUGACAAAUAGUCAGGGCUGUAAUGUAGUCUGUAAAAUCCUGAAUUAAGAGCCAGGUCUUUGUCUCACAAGCAGUAUCCUCCACUUGAUCUGUCCUGCCGUUCAACAUGAUUUAAGUUUGACAGACCUUAGGAAGCUCUAACAGAUUCCCUGGCAGAUGGGGGCGUAAAACUUAUUUGCAUGUUUUACUCAUAGCUUUUGGCAUCUCAUAGCAGAAUUGCUGAGAUCAGUGAAUCAAGAGCAGGAGAAAGAACCAAGCCGCACCAUCCAAUCUCAGUGGACUAAAGUUUCAACAGGCUGUUAUUGAAGAGAACCAAAAGAACCAUUGCAGUUUAACCAGUGAGAGGCCACUGGAUUCAAACAAGGCAUUUAACAAAACAUUUCAAGCAGUGGCUCUCUAAGGAUUAGAGGAACCAACAUCUACAGAAUGUGUGUGCUGAUGUAAUUCAUGAAAGUUGUUGCAGGAUAAGGUCGAAACAAUAACGAUGAGAAUUCUGGGAUUUGUUCUGAUUUUUGUCCUAAGGACUGAUGCUUUUUCCAAUCCUUCAAUGGAGCCCCUGUGCCAAAUUUCAGAAAAUGCAGUCAAUAUCAAAAUGGACAUGGCAACACGCUCCGCUGAUUAUUACUUCUUACAGAGCCUGGAAUCGGACAAGAUUGCAAUAGACUAUGCUAAGGUAGAACAUAAGAACAAUGCAACAUACUAUGGGGAGGCCUGGCAUACAGCCAAUCAUGAAUGGCAGCUCAGAAGAAAGGAACUCAAAGUACCUGCUGGCCUCCUGGAAGAGCAUGUCAUCGCAAUCCUGUGCUACACCCUAGACAGCCCACCGCUCUACAGCUAUUUCAACAGGGCUCUUCGAAACUAUGGCGCCACUGAUAAAAUGUAUUCUGAAUGCUUCCAUUACAAAAGUCUGCACUAUCUUUUGUCUGUAGCUCUGAAUGUAUUGCAGAACAGUUCUUGGGGUCCUGAUCCAAGAACACAGGUCUACAGGACAAUAAAUAGAGCGGUUCUGGUCAGUGAAGGAGCACAUAUCCGCUUUGGCCAAUUUGCUUCAACAUCUCUGAACAUGUUUCAGUCAGUCUCAACAUUCACAGACAAGGAAUCAAGAAGUAACACACUCUUCAACAUCACCACAUCCCUGGGUGUUGCCAUCCAAAACUUCUCUUUUUUUCGUAGGGAAGAGGAAGUGCUCAUUCCACCGUAUGAGGUGUUUAACGUUACCAAUGUCAUCAAGUGGGAAGAUGACCUUGGGGUGCGAGGUGUCAACAUUGUCCUUUCAUCCAUUGGACGUAAACAAACGGUGGUAAAACUCGAGUCAGAUGGUCCGGGACAUCUUCGUGUGGUGAGGAUGCAGGAACCAAUAUCUCCAUUGUGGUUCUCACUUUUGGCACUCGUAGGACUCCUGCUGCUCGCCACUUGUCUUUUUUUUUUGAAGAAACAGAAAUACAUCUAAUCCCCUGGUUGAUUGGAGUGUCCAGUGUGUCCAAAAUUGAGAAGUUGUACUCACAAAGCACAAUGAGGCCACAACUCAGUAAAAUUAAUUCAAAAUCUGUUCACUGCUCUUCCAUUUGUUUAGUUUAAGAUUCUCCUAACAUCCGAGUGUCUUGAUAAAAGCUAUUAAAAAUGAACACUUGAUGCAAUUAA